CAUUGGUAAUUUUUGUUAAUUGUCUAGAAAACCCCUGUUUCUUUUGUUUCGGCCCGUAACCUUUGACACGAUCACGUGAUACGCCAUUCGACUUGACGGUACGCGGGUGCCGGUCCUGCUUUUGUUUGUCUCUUCAUCUGGUGUUUUUGCGAAUAUGGAGUCUGAUCCUGAGAAGAAGAAGAAGAAGAAGAGACGAUGUUCCGUGUGUCGGCUACCAGUGAAAGGACACCCGGGACCAUACGGCCGCGGCAGGUGCACUUUUGAGCGGCCAGAAGGAACCUCAGAUGAAGACUUUUUCGGACGACAGCGGGGUAGUGCUAACGUCCAGGAGAAGAUCAGAGGCCUUCGGCGGCACAGUAAAGUUCAGGAGCUAGUGCGUAAGGCCUGGUCGGACAGCCUCUCGGAAGACGCGGAAGAGGAGGUGAGGUUGGCUAGAUCAUACAACCUAAAGAAAUCGUCGGAUUACGGCGGAGAGAAAGCCAGCGUUCGAGCAAGAAGUGAGCCCCCUCCCCAGGUUUCUCGCCAAAACGCACGUGAUCGGAGCAGGGAGUAUGCACAAGGGAAAGACCAGCCCGACAUACGAGACCUGAGAGAAUCUAGGAAAUUGGUCAAAGAGGUGGACAAGGCUUUGGACGACUUGUUACAUCCAGUUACAAGCCAGGAGAGGAGGAUCAGCGACAAACGCCUUGACGAGAGCGACUUUGAUUCAACUUCAACAUCAUCACAGACUGAAUCGGGGCGGUCGUCCGACACAGAGGAGUCAGCUUACACAAGAAAACCAGAGAGGCGCCGGCGUCGCAGGGGGUCGCGUAAGAAGAAGACCGAGGCUAGGGAUCCGCCCCAAACGCUUUCAUCCGACACAACAGAGUCAGAGUCGGGUUUCGUGAGAAAACCAGACAAGCGCAAGCGUCGCAGGGGGUCGCGUAAGAAGAAGACCGAGGCUAGGGAUCCGCCCCAAACGCUGUCAUCCGACACAACAGAGUCAGAGUCGGGUUUCGUGAGAAAACCAGACAAGCGCAAGCGUCGCAGGGGGUCGCGUAAGAAGAAAACCGAGGCUAGGGAUCCGCCCCAAACGCUGUCAUCCGACACAACAGAGUCAGAGUCGGGUUUCGUGAGAAAACCAGACAAGCGCAAGCGUCGCAGGGGGUCGCGUAAGAAGAAAACCGAGGCUAGGGAUCCGCCCCAAACGCUGUCAUCCGACACAACAGAGUCAGAGUCGGGUUUCGUGAGAAAACCAGACAAGCGCAAGCGUCGCAGGGGGUCGCGUAAGAAGAAGACCGAGGCUAGGGAUCCGCCCCAAACGCUUUCAUCCGACACAACAGAGUCAGAGUUGGGUUUCGUGAGAAAACCAGACAAGCGCAAGCGUCGCAGGGGGUCGCGUAAGAAGAGGAGCGCUACUAGGGUCGGCGACAGGAAGAAAGAGAAAGGCAAACGCUCCCGGCACAACUAUGACUCAGACACAUCUUCGUACGACUCCCGCUCACGUUCUAGGAGGCGACGUCGUGCAGGUAAGAGCGGUCGCAACCGUACUAUUAAUGAUUCGGGUACACGUCGGGUCAAAGUUGAUUGGCCACAACAUCGGGUGCAUUUCCCGGGAUAUGGUAAAGAAGGGGGCGUGACUUAUGACGAGUUGUCCCUACCCAUGUUUGUGCACGGCUAUGUUAAGAAUGUUCUCGAUCGUGAUCGUGUAUCUACGGACGCAGAGCAUAAGUUGGUUCACCUAGCAGAUCUUAUGUUCGACGCUGUCUACUAUGAUUGGGUUGCAGUACGGGAAGUUCACGCAUCUUUACUGUAUGGGAUGGAAUACGGAUCGCUUGCAUGGGGGAACCGCGGUGCCUUUGAUGCUGUCAGGGAAAGACACUACCGAACACAGGCUAGGGUUGCUCGGGGCAACGCGGGCAACGCGCCGAGGGCGGGGCCUGAGAAAGAGGCUCGAGUGUCGGCAAGCAGACCUCGCUACUGUGGCGAGUUCCAGACCGGGUCCUGUUCGCUACCCUCCGGGCAUUGGAGCACACGAUGGAACGCCCCACUGUUACACGUCUGUAGUGCGUGUUUGAUAGUUCGGGAGAUUCAAGCACCGCACCCGAGUCAAGAGUGCCAGCACAAACCACGGCCAUUUCGGGGCCCGGCAGACAGAGCAAAUCGCAGCUUCGGUAACUCCGCCCACUUCUCCCAGGGACCCGGCCCCGCACGUGGCGGCACACAAGGCGAUCAGGCUACAUGAAGAGGUAUCGGCAUUU